CAUCGAUCGCGCGAUAAUGGCGCGAACUAGUUUUCGCCGGGAUUUAUAAUUUAUUAAUAUCGAUCGAGUGGCAAAGUAUGACAGUGAUAUGCCGGUGUAUGCACGCAACACGGCCAAGCAAUACCUUCUCGAAUUACACAGUCGCAGUCGCAAUUGCAUUAACACGGGCUGAAAGCGAAGCUUCGUCGGUCUAGACGCUGAGACAAGACAGUAUUACGGGCCUCGUGAACGUGACUGCACAUACUUCGCCGACAAAACGUGGGACACGGAACGCAAACCAACGACCAGUGCUCGAUGCUCGUUGUCUGAAAUACCGUUAAAACCAUCGCGGUGAACGUCGAACGAGAAACGGAUCGGGUCGGAAAUAAAAAUCGCGUUGCCUCGAACCGAUUUUUAAAGGCUGGGUGGAAAACCGCGGAAAAAAGGAUACCGCGGCGGCUCGUGCGAAGAAUACGUGAUGAUUGGACGCGACGGGGAGUACGAAAUUCGACGAGAGAACACGGAUGAGGCGAGGAGUGCCGACGAGGACCGAGGAGACGCGCGAUGCCCGCCGGCGUGCAAUUAAAAUUAGCGGUACGGAUUAAGGGAACGCCGCGGAGGAGACUGUGAAAAAUCGACGAGCUUCCCGCUCGCGGUUCAACGACGGUUCGACAUCGAAAAUAGAAUCUUGGUGUCCAGCGGCCGGCAGUCGACGCUCGCGAAUAAUCCCGACACGACGCUGCUCGAUCUAUUCUCGCGUCGACCGAUGGAACGGAAAAGCCGGUAACCAACGACGAGCUUGCAACCGCGAAACCCACCACGAGACUCGCGAUGGACGUGGAAAUUGUGCCGUUCAUGGAGAACAACGUGAACAAAGUCGGGGGCGCGACGAAGCACGGUACUAGGGUGCAAAUAGUACGAAAAACACGAACGUCGCUGUUCAUUAUCAUGAGCUUCAUCUACGCGAAGCUGCUGGUGGUGGUGUGCAUCGCUUACGUGAUAAGCGAGGUGGUCACGCACAAGCUGCCUCUCUACUACUACGAGGGUUUCUUCACGUAUUUGUACGGCGUUAGCAUCUUGUUCCUCCUGUACGUGUUCUGCUUCCUGCUGCAAGAAAGCGCCUGCUGCGCGCGAGGAAGCGACACCCCGCCGCCGCCCCCGAGGCCCCCCAAGCCACCCAAAGAGCCCAAAGACAAGAACAAGAAGAAGGACAAGAAGGACAAGGAGCAAAAGUCCGCCAAGACCAAGAAAGACUACCAGGAUGCAGCUGAUGUGGAGGCUGGAGUAGCCACUCGUGCUCUGCGAAAGCGGAAGACCUCGCAGAACGAUCAAAGCCACGGGAGUUUCUUCCUCAGAAUCGGGGCAAUAGCUUUCGGACUGGGUACCAUGGUCUACAACGGUUUAGAGUUCGGCACCUUCUUCGAGGUGCCACCCACGUCUCCGUGUUAUCAGAUACUCCAGGGCGUGAACCCGGUGCUGCAGAUGAUCUUCACCUUCAUGCAAAUGUACUUCAUCUUCAUGAACUCGCGGCUGAACAUCCAUCGCUUCAAAGUGAUCGCGCGUUUCGGCCUGAUGCACGUCGUCGCCACCAAUCUCUGCGUUUGGAUCCGCACCCUCGUGCUGGAGAGCAUCAAAGAGAUCACCAAGCAUCACCAGAAAAUGGGACAGUUCGAGGCCGGCAUACUCGAGAGCAUCAAGCAGCACUCUAUGCGAAACGCCGGAACCAUAUUGGGAACAGCGCCUCGAGACGUGGCUCUUUUGCGCGAGGCUCCAUUGACCGCCACGAGGUCGUCGACCUCGACUGCUUCGAUGGUCGCCAGCUCGACGGCAGCCUCGUUCGGCCGUGUGAUGAGAACGACGUCGAGGGCGAUCGCGAGGGCCGUUACGACGCCGACGACGACCAUCACAACAGGCUGGAACCCUCCGCCUUCGACGACCACCACCACCUCGGCGCCUUUGCCUAAUUUGACGGCAACCACCGCGACCACCCUCUCCACAAUACUGACUACAUUAACACCAAAAACUACCACCGAGGAGAGGACCACCCCGACCAUCACCACUACCACUUCUACUACCACCGCCGCUUCUACCACACCGUUCAAAAUGUUCUCCUCUUUCGUCGUGGAGCAGUUCGACGCCCCGCAAAUGGACAGCAAAGAGGAGGUGCACCAGAUCUUCGACACGAGCAACCACACGAACAGCAGCACCGACUUCUGGGGCAUUCCGCGUUUCAAGAUCUUCGCGGAGGCCCUGACGGACGAGGAGAUGGCCUCGAAUUCCUGCGGCCGGGUCAACAUCAUGGGAACCAUUGUCCAAGACGCGGAACCGUACCUGUUUCCGUUCAUAAUCGAGUACAGUCUGAUCGGGGCGGCGGUGAUCUACGUUAUGUGGAAACACAUCGGCCGACAUCCGCGCUGGCCUCACCAGGUGGAAGCCGAUCUCGAGCGUCGCCUCGAGGCUAUGCUCUCUCGAAGGGCCGUUGCCUUGGCCCACGCAGGUCACACAAGGGUGGACUGUGUAGGAGCGAGCAAAGGACUGUUCUUCGGACUGUUGCUGUUGGUGGGCUCGCUGAUCUGCCUGAUACUCUUCUUCGUGCUGAUCCACCAUCCAGACUUCGGUCUGGUGGCCAUUUACCUGGCGGACGUGUCCCAUUGCGUGCUGAUGGUGCUGUCGAUCGUGGCCAUAAUCGUCGGGUUCAUACGGGUGCAGAGUUUGAAAUUCAAGGCCGAGGAACAGAGCGACCUGAACGACAUCCUUCUCCGUGUGUCCGGGUUCGGACUGUUCGUAUACGCGGUGUUCAGCGUGAUCGCUGGAUCGCUGGCGGCGUUCACCCACGAACCGAACCUGCUGGUGAUGCUGACCGGUCUGCUCUCGGUCGCCCAGGUGAUCCUCCAGAUGCUGUUCAUCGCUGACGUGUCGCGCAGGAGGGUCCACCUGCCGGAGCACGAUCGCAGCAAGCCGGGACGACAGGUGGUCACCUUCCUGCUGAUCUGCAACCUGACCAUGUGGGUGAUCUACACGUUCGAGUCGCAGAAAGUGAUGGCGAACCCGGUGCAGCUCGACUUUUACGGGUUCCUAGCUUGGGCCAUCGUGCAGAGGGUCACUCUGCCGCUGUGCAUCUUCCACAGGUUCCACAGCGCCGUCACGUUCGCGGAGAUAUGGAAGACCAGCUACAAGGCGCGCCUCGAGUAAACGGUGGACGACCGGCCAACCCUUUCGUCGGGAUCAAUGGCCCGGAGCGAUCGUCGUUCGCGAGCAGAAUCGACGGGACCGAGGUCGCCUCUCGACGACCCCGAACGUUCCUUCGUCGCUCGAAUCGACCCCGGGUCACCGUCGAACGCGACAGAGGAACAGGGAUACCAGCAGGUAAGGGGAGCUUCGAGGAUCCUAAGAGGAAGGUUGCAGCGUCUUCGUGCAGCGAGUUCACGGACAACAAGAUCGACAACGAACACAGGUUGAUCUGACGGGUUCUCGUCGAGGUGGAAACGAGAAGACGCAGGUGUCGAGCCUGGCGUCCAACGAGGUCGAAGGUAUUCGCGGCGACAAACGCAAAGCCAGGAGAAUCGCGAAGCGUCCUUUCAGUUUUUUCUCUGUUUCACCAUUUGGUUCUCGGUUCUCUUUGCUUAGAGCAGCUUGGACGUUGCUUCUCCGAUCGGUAAGUAAGACGAGAGUGCACGGGAGGGAACAGGUCGGAUCGACGACGAAGCACAAUAACCAACCGUCGAGAGACGAUCAAUAUCGCGACGCCAAUUCACGAAAACAGGGCCCAUUUCCUUUCACCGCGUUUCUCACCUUUUACGAUCUCUAUAUACUGCCGCCAAAUUUUCUACUUUUAUAUAUUAUAUAUGUACCUUCGCCCCCCUCACCCCAUCGUGCAUCGAGAACAUUAUGGAACGUCUCUUUUCGAAGGAUAUUCGAACCCUUUGCGAAUUACAUUCGUCGAUCGUUGGAACAACGACGAGACGACGAGACGGGCUUCCGGAUGAAGUCGCCCCGUUAAAGAAUUUUCUCCGUUAGCAUAGGUGACAAGCCGUGAUAUCUUUUUCUCGUGGAAAGGGAGAACGAACCAACGGGGAGAGAACGAGGGGAAAAAGAGGGCUCGAUGUAGGAACAGGGUACAAGUUUCGUUGUGUUGCGCGUUCAACCGGAUGAGGUAUGUUUUUGAUCCCGCGAAGGAUCUGUUUUGUUCCGAAGAGCGAAGAAGACGAACCCUGUCCGCUCGUUGCCGACGAAUCGGCGGAACGGAAACCGAAUGACCGGAAGAGAUAAUCGCGCCAAAACGUUAUACAUAUAAUAUAUUCCGACGUUCUUUCUCGUCGCGUGCUGCAGAGUACAAAAUCGUUUCUGACUUUUAGAAACUUUUAUCGACACAGCUUUUUCAACGUUCGCGGAUAAUGAAUGUACGUGUACAAACGAAAGUGUCGGGCGAAACGCCGACGAUGGAGGCGAACAGGGAGGGAACGAGAAAAACGUCGAGGAACCGAGAAACGAGAAAAGGGAAAAAGGGAUGGUCGUCGCGUAACGAGACGACGCGGAUCAUCGUGUAUAGAGGGUAGAGUAACCUUUCUUUUCUCCGUUUUCUUCUGUUUCGAACGACACCGAGCAUCCGGAGGAUAACGGUAACGAAUACCACGGAUGUAGAUUUUUAUCGCGAGGCUAACAGAUUGUAGGAGUAAGAAAGAAAAAAGAAAAAACAAAAAAAGAUAUCGUAACCGGCGAUUUUAAGACGGACGCGUCGAAGAGAUUUAAAGGGGGAAUGAAAUUAAUAGCCGGCACACAGGUAGAGAAUCUCAUACGCACACUCACACACUCCCACACACACAGACACGUACACCAUUUCGUCGAGGAUAAUUAUUAUUACCAUUAUCGAUUAGCGUGUAAGCCUAUCUCGAGAACACAAGAGAGAACAGAGUGAUAGACCGAACUUUCGCAAUUUACUUCGCUAUGGAUAUUGUGCGUAGACCGUUGUGGAAACGAGGCGAUGAAAAAUGUGUUUUACAUAGUGGAUUAUAGUUUUGUGAAUCCCUCCACGGGUCAAAGGAAACAAAAAAUGAAAAAAAAAAAGAAAAAAAGAAUAAAAACCACCACACCCCCCGAUCGAACGUACGUACCUAGUUUUUUCCGAGUCUAAAUAUUUUAAUUCUUAGACGUCUGUAUAGGUGAGAGUGAGGAGUCGGGGAGCAGGAAACAAGAGGGACGAAGUUGUGAAACUGAUUAUACAUAAAGAUUAAACUAUACAUAAUUGUAAUCCAAGAUGACAUUAUAAAAAAGAU